AUGUCCGCCAAGUCUAUUCUCGAGGCCGACGGCAAGGCCAUCCUCAACUACCACCUCACUCGCGCCCCCGUCAUUAAGCCUACUCCUCUGGAACCUUCUAAAACUCACAACCCUCCUGCUCGUCUCGCCUCUCUUCACUUCCCCGAGGACAAGACAGUGAAGGAUGUCCUUGACCAGGCUGAGGUCACCUACCCGUGGUUGUUGGUCGAUGGCUCCAAGUUCGUGGCGAAGCCCGAUCAAUUGAUCAAGCGUCGAGGCAAGAGUGGCCUCUUGUGCCUGAACAAGACCUGGGCCGAGGCUCGUGAAUGGAUUGAGGCUCGCGCCACUAAGGAGGUUCUCGUCGAGACCGUCCCCGGUGUCCUGCGUCAAUUCCUUGUUGAGCCUUUCGUGCCCCACCCCCAAGAGACUGAGUACUACAUCAACAUUAACUCCGUCCGUGAGGGUGACUGGAUCCUUUUCACCCACGAGGGUGGUGUUGAUGUCGGUGAUGUUGAUGCCAAGGCCGAGAAGCUGCUCAUCCCCGUCAACCUGAAGAACUACCCCUCCAACGAUGAGAUCGCCACUGCCCUGCUGAGCAAGGUUCCCAAGGGUGUGCACAACGUCCUCGUGGACUUCAUCUCGCGCCUCUACGCUGUCUACGUUGACUGCCAGUUCACCUACCUCGAGAUCAACCCUCUCGUUGUCAUCCCCAACGCCGAUGCUACCUCCGCUGAUGUGCACUUCCUUGACUUGGCUGCCAAGCUUGACCAGACCGCCGAGUUCGAGUGUGGCAACAAGUGGGCUGUUGCUCGCAGCCCCGCUGCCCUGGGUAUCUCAGUCGCUGUCCCCUCCGACGGCAAGGUCAACAUCGACGCUGGUCCGCCGAUGGAGUUCCCCGCCCCCUUCGGUCGUGAAAUGACCAAGGAGGAGAAGUUCAUCUCCGACAUGGACGCCAAGACUGGUGCCUCCCUCAAGUUGACUGUCCUCAACGCCAGUGGCCGUGUCUGGACCCUUGUUGCCGGUGGCGGUGCCUCCGUCGUCUACGCUGACGCUAUUGCCUCCGCUGGCUUCGUCAGCGAGCUGGCCAAUUACGGCGAGUACUCCGGUGCCCCUACCGAGACUCAGACCUACAACUACGCCAAGACCGUCUUCGACCUGAUGCUGCGUGCCCCCACCCACCCCGAGGGCAAGGUCCUCUUCAUUGGUGGUGGUAUUGCCAACUUCACCAACGUCGCCAGCACCUUCAAGGGUGUUAUCCGUGCCCUGCGUGAUGUUGCCCCCACUCUCAACGAGCACAAGACCCAGAUCUGGGUCCGUCGUGCGGGUCCCAACUACCAGGAGGGUCUUAAGAACAUCAAGGCCGCCGGUGUCGAGCUCGGCCUGGACAUGCACGUCUUCGGCCCCGAGAUGCACGUCAGCGGCAUUGUGCCACUUGCCCUUCAGGGCAAGAAGACUGACAUUAAGGAGUUCGGCGCAUAA